UUAAAGCUACCGAUUGCAUUUUAUCUAGUUUAUUUAAAGCAGCAGCACUACAUGGUUCCAGCAAAAAAGAUCCAUAAUCAAUCACACUCCUGAUUAGUGCAUUAUAAAUGAUUCUCAGAGAAGUAGGAUGAGCGCCCCACCAUACACCUCUGAGGCAUUUAAUAAUAUUAAGAUUCCGUUCACAUUUAGCCUCAAUAUAAUUGCAAUGUGGGAUACCAGGGGAGAUCUCAUACGAGAAAAAAGCACUACAUUGCUUUUGGAAACGGAUAAUUCUAAGCCAUUAUCAUUCAGCCAACCCUUCAAUAUACCAAGAGAUGUUACAUGGAAAAAGGUUUUUUAUCAGCAGCACUUCUACAAUUCCACUGUAGGAGUACCUGAUCCAUUAUUGGGAUUGAUAGACACAGUGUUUUCAAUUAGUUGGGCAACGUGGGACGGUAUAGAAUUGGUGGGAAUUAAACUGGAUUUAAACAAAAGCUCAAUAAGAGACAAAAUUAAUUUCGCUAUGGGUUGGUUUGAUUUAUCAUUUUCUGAGUUAUCAUUUUUCAGAGCAGAACCAUUUGGUGAAGAUAGAGGUAUAUCAUAAUCUUUUAUUAGAGAUGCAUGUGCAGCCCGGUCAUACCCAGCCGAAGGCGUAGGAGGAGCACGAGGCUUAAGGAAAACUGUUUUUUUAUAUGAGCUGGAAGAUGGGGACAAUCGAGCUGCUGGGUUAGCAGCCUCAUCUUGAGAUUGUUUAUGUUGCGAAGUUCUAAGAACGUCAGCAAAAGAUUUGGAGACAACGGGGUGUAAUUUGGAAGCCUCUAAAUAUGAGAUGCAGUUUUGAGCCAUUGACACUUUGAUAUUUUUUUGUCGGGAAAAUUCAGGACAAGCCUUACUAGUGGCAAAAUGAUAACCAGAACAAAGACAGCAUGAUCCAUCCUCUUGUUCUACUGAACAAGAUUCGGCAGUGUGACCUUGCCCACAUUUAUAACAGCGAGGCUUGGAGCGGCAUUGAGCCUUUGUAUGACCAAAACGGCAGCAGCUGUAACAUUGAAUGGUUGGAUAAAUGUACAAGUCGACAGUCAAUGGAGUAUAGCACAUAAACACACGUUUUGGUAGUACUUGUCCAUCGAAAGUUAAAACAACUGUUUCAGUGUUAGUAAAUUCUGGAGACCCAUUUAUAAUUUUUUUACUUUUAAUUCUCCUAGCUUUAAGAACUUUCCCACAUCCAAUGGGGACACUCACAUUAUCCAAAAUCUCAUCCUCAGGCCAGUCAGCAGGGACACCCCUGACAACACCCAUCCGUGUGAUAAUAAAGGUUGGAAUGAAAGCUCUCAAACUAUGGCUGGCAAGGCAAGGAUUUUCAAUAAAAGCGUUAGCAUCAGAAUAUGUGGAAAAGGCCAUGGAUAGUCUAUUUCUGCCGAUCCGUUUCAAGCUACCGUUCACUAUGUUUUUAAUCAUAUUUUUCUUUAGAACGCUGCCAAACUGAAUGGGAUGCAGUGAAACAGGAUCGUCAGGAGUAGACUGCUCCUUUUGAAUGUGCACCACAUAGGGUGCUAGGUCGGAAGAAACAUAUUUCCUACCAACUUGCUGUUGCUGCUGGGUUUGCUGAUUAGUUACUGUGACUGUUGGUGGUGGAGGUGGAGGAUCAGGUAUUGUUGAUAAAAGAGAAUUGUCUUCGUCAGAAUUGCAAUUGCACUUGUCUACACCCGAAACGUUUUUACUAUUUUUACUUUUGCGCUUUUUGUUGCAAUGUUUGCAAAUCUUUCUCAAGGGUCUUACACGUUUUCUGACUUGAGAGGAGCACCCGUCCUCCGUAUCCAUUGACGAAGUAUCGUCAACAAUAACUUCCAUCCCUACAUGAGGGACACGAUGACGAUCCCGGCCGCCACCGGGGUCGUCGGGGGGAUCAACCCCCAUAGUAAAAAGAAAAACUCACUUACCACUACACAGCAGCAAGUAUUUUAGAAGAAUAUAUAUAAAUAUGAAUUAACAGAUAAAAUAAUACAGAAAUACUCCACUGAACCCACACGAAAUCAAUUAAAUUAAAUUUUCACUAAAAAACACGACCGCCAAUUUCGGAAGUUUCCCGC